CACAAUAACAAAUUUGAACUCUAUAAUACAUGCUUUCUAUACUCUGAGAAACGAGUAAUCAAUCCUCGAGAUGGCUACCUCAAAAUCAGUCGUUCUCGUUACCGGCGCAAACACUGGGAUUGGAUACGAAGUUGUCAAAGCUCUAGCAGCUUCCGACAUUGCAUAUACCAUUCUCCUGGGCAGCAGGUCGCUGGACAAAGGAAAGGCUGCUUUGGAAAAGAUCAAUGAAGAAGUCCCAAGUACCAAGAGCGAAAUCCAUUUGCUUCAGAUCGACAUUGAAGACGAUAAAAGCAUCGAAGCUGCCUUCAACACUGUUCAACAGCAAUGGGGUCGAGUAGAUGCACUCGUCAACAACGCCGGCGCCGCUUUCGAUCAGCUCAUGAAAGAUAACCCUGGACCUUCUGGCAUUCGAGAGGCUUGGGACCGCGCAUACUCCCUUAAUGUGACCUCCACUCAAGUUUUCACGCAUACGUUCAUUCCAUUGCUUCUGGCCUCUGCGAGCCCCCGUCUUUUGUUCGUCACUUCGGGACUUUCGUCUCUUGAGAACUUUGCUCCGACUCGUGUGUCUUCUGGUGCAACUCGCGAGAUUCCUGCCGGCUGGCCAAAACCGGCCGGGCCGAGCGUCAUUGCCUAUCGCAGCUCGAAGACGGCACUAAAUAUGAUGAUGCUGGACUGGGCUCGCCUAUUGAAGAGUGACGGCGUCAAGGUCUUUGGUAUCUCGCCUGGAUUCCUGGCAACUGGACUUGGUGGUUCUGGUGCAGAGGUUUUGAAACGGUAUGGAGCUGGAGAUCCAGCGUUGGGCGGAACGUUGAUGAGAGACGUUGUUGAGGGCAAAAGGGAUGGGGAUGCAGGAAAGAUUGUUGAUCAAAAUGGUGUGCAACCGUGGUAAAAUAAGCAAGCACUUGGAAGGACCACAUUGGAUUUGACUGUUCGAUAUGUUGCAAAUUUAUAGUUUUCCGCAAAUGUCAGGUUUCCAUAAGAGCACUCUCAAGCUAUAACUUAUAACAUAUAAGGCCGACCAUUUUGCUGAAAAAAACGCAUUCGAACUCGUACACAUUCAAUCAAGUCUAAGAUUAUAUAUUGAUCAUGACAGCUACAGUACAG